UUGUUGUUAUGAGGGCAUGCUGGUUCUCACACACUAUAACACAACAUAAAUACUUGCAAAGGGAGUCAACUUAAUCUACAUACACUUCCUCACUGUUUUUCUGCCUCUCCAGCCAUGGCUGCCUGUAGCCAGACUUGAGGAGAGACACAGAGCUUGGAGGAGAGAGAGAGAGAGAGAGAGAGAGAAAGAGAAAUAGAGAGAGACUUGUGCUGAUCACAGAGGCUGCAGCCCCCAGCCUCCUCUCUGUUGCUGCUACAGUACGUGUGAAAGACAGAGAGGGAGAGGCAGCUGAGCUGGUGUUUGUCUCUGAUACUCGGUGGGAAGAGCUGAGCACUGUGAGCUGUGAGCAGUGCAGAGCAGAGAAGAGUCAUUCAGUCCUCUGGUAUGUGUCCAGUGUGAGCGACUUAGUCCAGUCCCUGCGCAUCUCUGCUGCUGUCUGAGCAGCCUCGCACACCAGGACUCUGACAACCAUCCUCCCAAACAGGAAUACCUGUGUCCACUGAAGCAAUUUGUGUAGAGGAGCAUGUUGUGACAGCCAUGUCUCUGGAGAUGGAAAAGACCAUCACCAAGCUGAUGUAUGACUUUCAGAGGAAUUCCACCUCUGAUGAUGACUCUGGAUGUGCACUGGAGGAAUACGCCUGGGUUCCCCCCGGCCUCAGUCCUGAGCAGGUGCAUCAGUAUUAUAACUCCUUACCAGAAGAGAAGGUCCCCUAUAUAAACAGCCCUGGAGAGAAAUGUCGUAUCAAACAACUGCUUCACCAGUUGCCACCACAUGACAAUGAGAUGCGUUAUUGUAACUCGUUGGACGAGGAGGAGAAGCGAGAGCUUAAGCUCUUUAGCAACCAACGGAAGAAGGACAGCUUGGGCAGAGGCAACGUCCGUCCUUUCCCCCUCACCAUCAAUGGGGCGAUCUGUGAAAAGUGUGGUGGUCAAAUAAAUGGAGGGGACAUUGUUGUUUUUGCUGCAAGGGCAGGUCAUGGAAAAUGCUGGCACCCAAAUUGCUUUGUCUGCAGCAUGUGUGAGGAACUGUUGGUGGAUCUCAUCUACUUCUACCAUGAUGGCAAGAUCUUCUGUGGCCGGCAUCAUGCCGAGAGGCUGAAACCCCGCUGCUGUGCCUGUGAUGAGAUAAUCUUUGCUGAUGAGUGCACUGAAGCAGAGGGCAGGCACUGGCACAUGAAGCACUUCUGUUGCUAUGAGUGUGAGACCACCCUCGGUGGCCAGCGCUACAUCAUGAAGGAUGGACGGCCACACUGCUGCAACUGCUUCGAGUCCCUUUAUGCAGAGUACUGUGACGCAUGUGGAGAACACAUAGGCAUUGACCAAGGCCAGAUGACGUAUGAUGGGCAGCACUGGCACGCAACCGAGGAGUGUUUUUGCUGUGCCCGUUGCAAGCGCUCUCUGCUUGGCCGCCCCUUCUUGCCAAAGCAGGGGCAGAUCUUCUGCUCACGGUCCUGCAGCGCUGGACAGGAUCCAGAUGAGUCUGACUCCUCAGACUCGGCAUUCCAAAGCGCCCGUUCCCGUGAAUCCCGCCACAGUACCAAGAUUGGCAAAAAGGAGCGCAGGAACGCUGAGCAGGAGCGGCGGAGUGCCGAGGCCCGGCAGACAGCUCCUCCACCCAUGCCUGACCGUCUGUCUGCUGAAAUUGAUCCUCUCUCUGUUCAGAUGGACCGGUUAAGCCUCUCAUCUAGCCAGACCCCGAGCAGGACACCAAACCGCACUCCAAGCCGCACUCCGAGCCGUGCCCCAAGCCUUAACCAGGUGUGGAUGAGCCGGGAUGACCCCUACGUCCCUGCUGUCUACGAGGGCCCCCAGGGGGAACCCUCCCCCACACCAGCACCUAUACAUCUGCUGGGUCAGUGUAACCCCAGGCCAGGCUACAAUCCCAACGCAAACGCUCAUCCUCCAGCUCAGACUGCUGCCAACCCAGGGAAGAGGCCUGACUCCUGGGGUAAGGAACAAGGCAAUGCCAAGAGGACCCCUAUGGCUGCUCUGAGGGGCCACUCCUUUAAUGAAAACUGGACCCACCAAAGCCAGGAUGAGUUCAGGCCCAACAAGCUACGCACCCAGAUGAGUUUCAAUGAGAUGUCUAGCCAGAACCAGGGCUUCUCUGACAAGAGGAGCAUUAGCCUGCAUGGAUUCCAGAGAGACGGCAGACCCCCGCUGACCAGGAGGAAUCCCAUCAAUGCCAUGAGCUUCAAUGAGCCCCUCACUCCUCUAGAACAGACUCCUCGUGGAUCCAUGGAUUCCCUCACUAUGUCCAAUGCUACAGGUAACUCUUUGGACGGGGUCAGUAAGCGUCAGGAGCAUUUGUCUAGGUUCUCCAUGCCCGACCUGAGUAAAGACUCAGGUGUGAAUGUGUCUGAAAAGAGCAACAUGGGCACCCUCAGCUCAUCAGUCCAGUUCCACAGCACAGAGUCGCUGUCCUCCUCUCGCCCCUACACCAAUAACAUGUAUGCUCCACUGAGAGUCGGCUACCCGCUGCAGUACUGGGAUGGCCCACAGCCGCUGGGCUUUGACAGCAAAGGUCGUGUUGGGGUGAUGGGCAGCAGCGGAAACCUGCGGAUGGCUCCAAUGAGCGACAGAAUGCCCCGCCGACGCAUCAACGGACAGGAACCGGUGUCACAGCAACAGCAGCCACAACCAAGGCGCCGCAAACACCACCGUGGAAACCACGGUAACAGUCAACACCGCAGUGGCCGCCACCACAAACGCUCUCGCCGCUCCCGUUCUGACAAUGCCCUGCACCUGGUGGCGGACCGGCCCACUCAAAUGGUAGAGCUGCCCUACCGUCGCGUCCAGGAGGAUUACGAUCGCUUCCCCUCCGGUAAUGCUGCUCGGGAGUUGUUUGGUCUUGAGCCAGGCGGGUACAGACAGCAGCCCCAACGGCCCUGCCCCCGCACCACUUCUGAUCUCACCCUGCAGAAUGCUGGCUGGCAACCUGUGGGGCUGGGUGGGCCAUGCUGGGGCGAUGGGUACAUGGAGGCUGCUGACCCCUGGUGCUCCAGCUGCUCCUCUUCUUCCGAGUCUGAGGGAGAUGAGGGUUAUUUCCUGGGUGAACCAAUCCCUCGGCCCGUGCAGCUUUGCUACAUCAACAACGAAGAGCUGCGCCAUCGCUACAGCCCCUCUGGGAUAGCUGCCCAUCAUGGACCUCUGCACGGACCUCUGCACGGACCGAUUCAUGGCCAGCUGCACACCCGCCAAAGGAGGAAGAGCAAAAACUGUAUACUUUCAUAGAUAUAGAGCAAAGAGAUGGUAAGGGAUGAACAGGAAAGUGAAAGAGAUGAGAGGGAGAGAGGUAAGGAGAUGGUUAAAGCAACAGAGAGGUGGAACAGAGGGAGUGGGAAGGUGAGAGUGAGACAGUUGACAGUGUGUGUUGGGUUUGAAGAAAGAAAAGGCCUAUUUUGUGUGCUUGUAAGCUUACACAACUCUACACCGGGUAGUGUUUGUGUACACCUACACAAAAUGAUCUAAUCAUAAGAGGAAGCUCAGCUGGCUUACACAACAGAAAUGUUUACAAAGAUAGAGAUCAACUCAUCUGAUGGUACCAGGAAGCACGAUGAUGAAUUUGACAACUAAAUAUACCAUGGUCAAGGUAAAUACCAUGAUGUAUGUGUGUGUCUGUGUGUGAAUUCAUGUUACAAAGAGAUUGAACCAUUCCUUUACAGUUUCAAAAAGGAAGGUAAAACUGGUGGAACUGCAGCAAUCUGACUGUUCAUGUCGCAGCUCAGUGAUUCAAGCCCUGGGCGGUAAAACUUAUUCUAUGUGGACAAACCAGAAAUUGUGUUGGGAUAGUGAAAGUUACGUGCUAGAUUCCAAGCUAUGUCAUUGUUUACCUCAGUGGAAUUCAAAUGCUGCUGGAAUAUAGUGUUGGCUCGCUAGCCCUGUUAUCACUUUGUACAAAUAGUCUGUUGAACUUUGUGCUCUACAUAGCCAGCUCUCCAUGCUUUACCAAGGACAGAGCGCUGGACAGCCUCUGCUCCUUGAACCAUUCAGGCACAGUAACGUCAGAUAUGGUCCCGUUUUCUCUUCUGCAACAUGCUUGUUUUUUGAGUUACCCUUAGAUGAUUAAGAAUGAUAAAAAUAAUAAUGCUUACAAUAAUAAUAAUAAUAAUAAUAAUGCAAAUAAUAAUUAUGAGAAUAUUAAAGAAUAAUACCUGUUAAAUGUAUAUAUAGUAAUAAACUUAAUAAACUAAUGGAUGUAGUAAUGUAAAUGUUCUGUACAUAUGGUCUUAAAUAUUUAUAUAUUUUGUAACUAAAGAAUCAUUAUUUGUAUAACAUGAUGUAGAGAUAGGGAGACUUGCAUGUUGAUUUGUUGUUGUUGUCUCAUACUGAAAAUAAAGUGUACUUCAAUGAACAACCA